UGAAACUGUUCUGCAUGCUCUUGUCCAGUGGCCAGGCAUUGCUGACUUGUGGAUUUAUGUCAAACGCUUGCUGUCACGUGUAGGAUGGAUUCAACUAUCAACUGAAUUUAUUGUGAAGAUCGUCCCACCCACUUCCUUUUGGCCAGGAAGGGCAGGCAGUGUUUAUUUGUCUGGUAGCCUUAGCAAAAGAGAUAAUGUGGGAGCAGAUUGAAAAGGCUGAAGAUAGAUACUUUUUUCUUUGGCCAAGUCCUCCUCAAAAAUUUUCAAGUUUCACUUAAAAAGGAAAGUGAGAGUAGAGAAGCAAGUGUUGCCUCCCAGCAAUUUUGUUAAAAGCAUAAAGCAACAGAAUGGAGAGAAAGAUUAACAGCAGUAGUAUUCCAUUAGCGAAUUUUGACCCACAAAUUGUGGUAAAACUUCACAAAAAUGUGGAAACUGAGGCUGCGAACUGGUUUAUUGACAUACUGCAAAUGGAUCGGAAAUAUGGUGGUGGAAAUUUGAUCGUAAAAGCUGUUAUCAAUGAAAAGAAGGAGAAAACGUUGCUUUAUUUGAGUGCUACUCCAGAGAAAUUAUUACUUGGAGCUGAACUGUUUGACUUGAAGAAGAAGUACAAUGAUGGUUAUUACAGAGAUUUCAACAUUGAUGACCUGGAGAACUUCCAAGGAGCAGAGGACAUCAGCUCAUUCUUCUCCAAUACCGAGAAAAUCACGAUAAUAUAUCACUAUCUCUGUGGUCUUCGUGCCCAGCAAUCUGAUACCCAUAUUCCUGGAUAUCCAAAUGCAAAACUCUACCCUGGCAAAAGUUUAUUACGUAAGUUCAAGAGUGCUGGGAUUAUUGAGCAUGUGUACCCUCUUCAUGAUAUUGAAAAGUUGAAACUUUUAAAAACCAGCUGGGACUGGAAGUCUUUCUUCCAUCAGAUACCCAUGGAUGACAUCAGAGCUUACUUUGGAGAGAAACUGGCCCUUUACUUCUCGUUCCUUAUCGUCUACACCUAUGCUCUCAUUGCUCCAGCUAUCAUUGGCAUCAUCUAUUUAAUCACCAGCUGGAAUAACAUUUACCGAGAAGCCAUCUUUGCUGUUUUCAACCUCAUUUGGACAACCAUCUUUUUAGAGUUCUGGAAGCGAUUCUGUUCAGAACUUACUUUUAAAUGGGGCACCCUAAAUGAAGUUGUAGAAACUGAGGAACCUCGUCCAAGCUUCCAUGGAGUUUUAGGCACCAACCCUGUGACAGGCCAUCCCGAGCCAGUCUAUCCUAAGUGGAAACGGCAACUGCGAUUUUAUGGUGUCACAGUUCCAGUUAUAUUGUUAUGCCUGCUCAUUGCCUUUGAAGCGAUGUUAUUGUAUUUCCAAAUGCAGGAUUGGGCAAACCAUCUCUAUGAAAACAACCCAAGUUACCUGAAUUAUGCCAAUAUGAUGUGUUUCCCCAGCAUUGUCUAUGCUGUUGCUGUGACUAUCAUGAAUACCUUGUAUAACAUACUUAUCAAGAAGCUCAAUGAUUAUGAAAACCAUCGGCUACAGUCUUCCUAUGAAAAUCAUCUUAUAGUAAAAAUGGUUUCAUUCAACUUUGUCAACUGUUUCAUGUCUCUGUUUUAUAUGGCUUUUUACCUGCAAGAUGUCACUCUUCUGCGUAGUGAUUUGGUGGCACUGUUGAUUACUCAACAAGUUAUUGGUCAACUGCAAGAGUCAGCCUUGCCAUUCCUGAUUUUGAAGUUUUGGACAAAGAAGGUUGAGAAAGACGCUGGAAAGGGUGAAAAAUGGGAAGAGGAAGGACUCCCGCCAGAGUUGAUACAGCAAGCUUAUGAUGAAGCUUCAAUGGAGAAAUACUUGGGCACUUUAGAUGACUAUUUGGAGCUUUUCCUGCAAUUUGGUUAUGUAUUCCUGUUCUCAUCUGUCUACCCGCUUGCAGCAUUUUGGGCUCUUAUCAACAACAUAUUUGAAUUGCGCAUUGAUUCAUUCAAAAUGUGCUGUGUCUUCCGACGUCCAUUUCCACUCUCUGCAUCAAACAUUGGUGCUUGGCAGAUGAUGUUCGAAUUAAUGGGUAAGAUAGCUGUGAUGACCAAUUGUAUCAUUAUUGGAUUAAACCCUGAAGUACAAAAGUUGGUACCUGGACACCAAACACCUGCUCAACUGGUUGUCAUAGUUGUCAUUCUGGAGCACAUAAUUUUAGCUGCUCGCUCUUUCCUGACUUAUCUGAUUCCUGACCUUCCAAGAUGGAUAGAAAUUGAAGUGUAUAAGGAAAGAUAUGAAGCUAAGAAAGCUUUAGAAAAAGUUAAAAUUCAAAAUGCCAUGAAACGAAAACAAGAGCAGCGAACAACUUCUUAAGUAAACACUGUAUUGGAUGAGGUAUAAAGUAUACUUUAUACACACACACACACUCACACACAUACACAAACACACAUAUCCAUGCUGCAGACAUAUAUCAGUAACUCUUACUAAUCUAAAGAUGAUUUCAGUAAUGUUGUGCCUUCAUUGAAAAUCUGAGUUCCACACUUUUUAUAACGUCUGAUAUCAAUAACCUUUCAUUUUUAAGAUACACCAAAACAAAGAAAUAUUUUAGUGAACAAUUGAACUCCCGUCCACCUUUUAAUCUAUAUUUAUAUGAAAUAAAUUGACUGAACUGCUGAAGGCAUCUAUUGAAGAAAUGAACUUUUAAAUUAAGCCUCACAGGUAGUAGUAGUAGUAGUAAUUUCAAAUUUUGUCACACCCAACUUUCUUUGAGGGGAGGGAGAGGUCAAUUACAUCAACCCCAGUACCUUCUUUACCAACCCUGAAAGGAUGAAAGGCAAAGAUGACCUCAACCUGGUGCUAGACCAAAUAACUACUGAUAGUAAAUAAAGUGAGCUCCAAGAUGCUUAAUGUAUAGUGUACUAAGGAAUUUUUGCUAAAAUUACACCAUGAAUAAGAGAACAAACAUAACCUUAGUAGACAAACUCAGAAUGUAAUAAAAAAUAACUAGAAAUAGAAUGCGGGAAAUGAAUCUCAGAAAAAAGAAGAACUACUGUUAACGUCUUGAAACAAGGGAGGUAAUACGAAGGUAUGCCAAGUUUACUCCCCUGAAAAUGUCUGCCAACCAACAUCGACAACUUCUGCUGAACAAUAUAAUGUAAUUUAAGAGAUAGAAAGGUAAUUAAUUACACAGAUUAAACAGUCGUUUACUAACAUAGAAACAAAGGCAUUUAUUCACUUUUAUUGUAGCUCAAAAUCAUUUAAAAUUUAUACUUUGUAUUUUAUAAUCUAACAUUGUUAUAGCCAAACCGUCAUAUCGAACAACGUUAAUUGAGAACCAGUGCGUGUGUAUAUGUAUAUAUAUAUAUAUAUAUAUAUAUAUAGUAACUAACACCCCUGACAGACUACAUUGGUGCUUAAUCGUGUUUUGUUUUUUUAUACUUGUUAAAAUUUACAAAAUGUUUACGAAUGAAACUUUAUAAAGUUAACUUG